GACCACUGGGAGGAAAGAGGCGGUUACGAGCAGCAGCACAGCGCAGCUUCCAUGGCUUUGCCCCGCGUCUGUCUCUGGGCGGUCUGGGUGCUGCGGGUGGCGCUGGCCACCGUCUACUUCCAGGAGGAAUUUAUAGACGGAGAGCGCUGGAGGAACCGAUGGGUGCAGUCCACCAAUAAUUCCCAGUUUGGGCAUUUUAGACUCUCGUCGGGCAAAUUUUACGGUCAUAAAGAGAAAGACAAAGGUCUUCAAACGACUCAAAAUGGCCUCUUCUACGCCAUCUCUGCCCGGUUCAAACCAUUUAGCAGUAAAGGGAAGACUCUGAUCAUUCAGUACACAGUGAAACACGAGCAGCUGAUGGACUGUGGAGGGGGCUACGUUAAGGUCUUCCCUGCCAACGUGGAUCAGAAGAACCUGAAUGGAAAAUCCCAGUAUUAUAUUAUGUUUGGACCCGAUAUUUGUGGAUUUGAUAUCAAGAAAGUUCAUGUUAUUUUACAUUUCAAGAAUCAGUAUCACUCAAACAAGAAAUCCAUCAGGUGUAAGGUUGAUGGCUUUACACACCUCUACACUCUGGUCUUAAGGCCAGACCUCACUUACGAAGUGAAAAUUGAUGGUCAAGGGAUUGAGUCCGGCAGCAUUGAGUACGACUGGAACUUAACAUCACUUAAGAAAAUGGAGACAUCUUCAGCCGAGUCAAAGUUCUGGGACCAGGCUGAAGGUGACAUAUUCCAGGACCAGGAGAAGCAUUUUCUGGAUGCCAGUGCCAACAAGUCAAGCGACUGGAACAUGACUGAAUUGGACAGGGAGGGGCAGGCAUCUAUGCUGCAGAAGCCUCCAAACCAGGGAGGCCUGAAACCAGAGGGCAUCGACAAACACAUUUGGCUCCAUCGUAAGAUGAAAAACACCAACUAUUUGACAGAAUAUGACCUCUCAGAAUUCGAGAACAUUGGUGCCAUUGGACUGGAGCUUUGGCAGGUGAGAUCUGGAACCAUUUUCGACAACUUCCUGAUCACAGAUGAUGAAGAGUACGCUGAGAAUUUUGGCAGGGCCACCUGGGGCGAAACCAAAGGCCCAGAGAGAGAGAUGCACGCCAUACAGGCCAAGGAGGAAAUCAAGAAGGCCCGCGAGGAACUGCUGAGAGGCAAGUCUGACAGACCUGAAAGUAAUUUCAGAAGAUUUCACAGGAGGGGAGAACUUUAGCCAAACCACCCCCAAAUAAAGAUGAUUGGUAAACUUGAUUUCUCUUCAAUGCACAUUUAAAGGCUCGAGUCUACAUAUGUGGUGAUUGGUCCAGUUUUCUUUAAAAAAGUGUACCUGUGCUUCUCAGUGGGGUCAGUCUGGUUUUCCCUAAGCCCUGCUGCUGUGAACCAAGAUGUUUUCUCUGGACAAACCCAAAUUCUGGAAGCCAGAGGCCAG